AUGACGUUUAGCAGCUUACGAAAGGUCAGUUGCGUGAAGAAAGUCAUUUGCGCAGCGUCGACGUGGAAGGCGAUGAAAGAAUUAAACAGGCUUUUCUCUUCAUCAGUGAGCCCGGACGUGAACCCAGCAGACUACAGGUCACUCUCUGGGGUGAAUAGGGGUUAUACUGCGCCGACAAUACCUCGUAGAACGGUACAUUGUUCGGAGCAGCAGCCGGUGACCGAUCGUGCCCAAGCUACUCUUCCCCCGGAUCUACACCACCCGGAAACACCGGGUCCCGACAGAGACGCACCCUGUCGCGCCAAGAGCCGUCCGAACAAUCUCCUCCAUCCAGCCAAAAUCACACUAAGCGCUCAAAGAGGCCCGCAGUUCCCCACGAAGGGGCCUGCACAACGCAAACGAGCUUCAUUCAAGCCCGCAUCCUCUGACAUCCGAGGAGCUGCGCAUGAUGACGUCGAAACCGCUGAGAGGAUACUCAUUACAGACCAGCAGCAUGGAUCUCAUCUGGGAACGGACCGGGAUAAUGACGGGUCCGAUGGGCGUCACCAGCCGCUAGGCGACGAGUUGGAGUGCCCGAACCCUAUGGCCACGGAAAUCCCCCGAACAGGUGUGGAUGAUAAUGGGCAAAUAUUAGACGAACCUCGCGAUCGGUUAUCAGCAGCUGACCAAGUGCGAAAACGAUGUUCAAAUUUCUGCCACAGGAGGUUUAGAGCCGUCAACAGGCGCCGAGCGGAGGCCUCGGUCUGGGGAUUAAACGAACCUGUUAUUACCGAGUCAUCGCCACCACCAUAUGAGGCCGUCCUUCUGCAACAAGACGGGUUCGGCAAUAACGUGGAAGAGCGCUCAUCGCCGGCCGACGGAAGGAGACGACACGUCACCGCGCCCGUACCUCCGUGGGACGCAGAUCUAGUCGAUAAAUUCCGAAACGACCCUCGCGGCAGAAGUUCCUGCUUGAUAGGAUUGCCGAUGCCUGCGAGUAUAAACGUCCAAGCUGAGAAAUACAACGUAUUUUCCAUUAGGGCGAAGUACAACAACCAGCAAAUGAUUCAGAAGCUCCGGUACAGCGAAUUCGACGCCGGAUGUGCUGUAGGGCAAGACAUUGAAACCUACUUCAAAGCCAAUCCCCACCGGAUUCGCACCUGA